AUGUCAGCAGGGAUACCAGUUCGGCUACUAAAUGAAGCCCAAGGUCACAUCAUAUCGAUCGAGCUCAACAACGGCGACACAUACCGCGGCAAGUUGCUCGAGAAUGAAGAUAACAUGAACUCGAGCUUAUUCGACGUGACGAUAACCAGCGGCAAGAACGGCUCCGUCAAGCAUAUGGAACAAGUGUUCAUCCGCGGCAGCAUGAUCCGGUUUAUUAGCGUGCCCAAUAUCUUGAAGAAUGCACCUAUGUUCCAUAUGAAACCGGGGGAUAAGCCCAAGCCUCCAGUGCGCGGUCCGCCUCCGAAACGAAGAAAGAAUUGA